UCAAAUUCCAGUUGCCAAAAAAUAAAUAAAUCAAAAGAGGCUCCCAAAUUGGUCAAAACUCAAAACAUAGUUUGAGAUUAAGACAAUAAAAAAACCAACAAAAAUGUCUGGGAGAUUAUGUCAAAGAGACAGCGGGAUCACGACGGCAAUUGUGGCGGUGGUUGUCUCUGACGUCGGAAUGAAUACUUUGUUUUAAGCAGCAAGUUCAAAGGGAAUGGGCUCUUAUGUCUUCUUAGUCUACUCAUAUGGAAUUGGAGCUCUUCUUUUUCUUCUUCCUUCUCCUUUCAUCACCCACAGGUCUCUCUCUAUCUUGAUUCUUCAUCUUCAGUCUCCAACUCCAAAAUCUUGAAAUUAAAAACCCCAGGUUAAGAUCUCUUCCACCGUUAAAGUUCUCAGUUCUUUGUAAAAUGGGACUUCUUGGAUUACUUGGAUGUGUGUAUCUGAUGUUGGGAUACACAGGAAUCAAAUAUAGUUCUCCUACUUUAGCAUCAACAAUGAGUAAUCUCACUCCUGCUUUCACUUUCAUCUUCGCUAUUCUCUUCGGAAUGGAGAAGGUAUCCAUGAGAAAAAAUAGCAGUGUAGCCAAAGUAGUUGGCACUAUAGUUUCGAUAGUGGGUGCACUUGUGGCCACUCUAUACCAUGUCAUGGUCCCAUCAUCUUCACCGCAUCUCAACCAUCCAUUUACCUUCCUCAGCCUCUUAUGGCGUCUCCAUCAUCACCGUCGAAUACUAAUUGAGUCAUCGGGAGGACUUUUAGCACUUGAGUACACUCUCAUUGUGGUCUCUUAUACUAUUCAGACGCAUAUAAUGAGGGAGUAUCCAUCAGAAUUUGCUUUGGCACUUUCACACAAUGUAUGCAUUUCAGUGUCUUGUGCAUUUGUUAGUUUAUUCGCCAAAAAGAACAAUCCAAGCGCAUGGAUUAUGAGAUCAAAAAUUAUGUUGAUAUGCAUCGUUGCAACGGGGAUGGUAAAUUCGACUGGCUAUGUUGUUGAGUCAUGGACAGUGCGACAUAAGGGGCCAAUGUUCCUAGCAAUGUUCAGGCCAUUAGCUAUAUUAACCGCGGUGGUACUAGGAGCGAUAUUUCUAGGCGAUUCUCUAUCUCGGAAGGUGAAAAAGAAGUGUUAACUGUAUAAUGUGAAACUUAAUAAUAUUGAUGGAGAGAUUACAACUAUAUAUAGUGAGAUACUAGGGGGGUAACUAGGGAUUACUAAUGUACAUAAAUACCCUUUUACAUAUAUUAUACAUUCUCUA